AUGUUUAAUACCAAAAUCUUUGAUAAUAGUAAUUCGGGGGGCCAGUCUUCGUCAGCGAUCAAUAUACCACCGCUGGGGGCGUCUACCAUAACCACGAACGACCAUUUGAAUAUCCCUCAACCGAUUGAUAUUAGCUACCAGAGACAGUCAUCGAUAUUUAAUAAUUCUCGGUUCAGACGAGAAUCAAUUGCGCAUUCGCAGGGGAUGGGAGGUGUUUCAUGGGGGUCGGUUACGAUCGGGUCCUGGUUGAAAGAUGAGGUUAUGAUGGUGGGAAAUGGUAACAACAAUGCUAAUGCUAAUACCAAUGCUUUCGCAAAUAGCCAUUUACAGCCACAUAUACAGCAUCAUUUGAUUAACCCCAGGAGGGGCUCGAUUCGCCACCAACCAAAUGCCAGCAUUUCCAUGUCGCCACCAAUCCAAACGUCGUACUUGCCGGACUUAGAGGCUGAUUAUUGCAAGGACUACCUGUGCUGUGGGCAACUCUUACCUACAUUACACGACUUGUUGCGACACUAUGAAGAAGCCCAUAUCAGUCCUUCUCCUCCGCAAGACCAGCACAUAUUAAACUCGGCCAGAAAUCGAAACAGAAAUAAUGUUCAUAAUAUCAUGGAAACUGUUUCCACUACUGAUGUAUUUUUGAAUAAUCACCACCACAAUGCUCACAAUAAUCAUCCUAAUUUAAAUAUCCCAAAUAACCAGUUCAAUAUCCACCAGCAAACAAUUAGUCAAGCGUCAUUAAAUAACACUAUCCCUCAAAAUAACCCAAUACCGACCAACCAACCUCAAGUACAGCAUCAGCAACAACAACAGCAUCAUCAUCAUCAGCAACAGCAGCACCAGCAUCAAUCCCCAACGCAUCAAACUCAACAAAUACACCAAUCACAUCAUCAAUCACCACCUCAGUUCCAGAAUAUGAAUGCUCAAUCAGAUUCCGCAACACCUCGUCCCGAUGAAGACGAUGCAAUGUAUAUCGAUGAUCCGGCCCGUCAUUUGUAUGUAAUGGAAAACAAUGAAUAUAAACCUUACAAAUGUCCAGUAAUAGGCUGUGAGAAGACUUACAAAAAUCAGAAUGGGUUGAAAUAUCAUCGUUUGCAUGGCCACCAGAAUCAAACUCUUAAAGAAAAUCCAGAUGGAACAAUUUCCAUUAUUGACCCGGAAUCAAAUACCCCAUACUUAGAUGGUGCUGGAAUGGAAAAGGAUAAACCAUAUAGAUGUGAAGUUUGCGGUAAACGCUAUAAGAAUUUGAACGGUUUAAAGUAUCAUAGAGGCCAUACUACUCACUAG